AUGAGCUCCUCGAAUACCACCCUCGACCCAACUGCAGAGCCUCGAUCGGAGUUGGCUAAACAGGUCGAAGAAGAUCAUGCGGAGAGGCACUCGACCCAUGGAGAAGUCCUUCGCGACAUUAUACUUGGCGUUGCUGAUGGCUUGACCGUUCCGUUCGCCUUGACUGCCGGCCUCUCUUCACUGGGCUCUUCCAAUUUGGUUGUCAUCGGUGGACUGGCUGAACUCUUUAGCGGGGCAAUCUCAAUGGGUCUCGGCGCGUACCUGGCAGCUGUCUCGGACAGUGAUCACUAUGAUGCUGAGUACGAGAGAGAACGAAGAGAGGUUGAGGCAUUCCCCAAGACGGAGGAACGGGAGUGCUACGAGAUCUUGGAAAAAUACAACAUCCCACAUGACACCCUCACCCCUGUUAUCAAAGCAUUGGUUUCAGAUGAGGCUCAAUGGAUUCAGUUCAUGAUGGAUUUCGAGCUCAAGCUUGAGAAGCCCAAAUGGUAUCGUAAAUACGUCUCUGCUCUCACUAUGGGUCUAUCCUACUUGAUUGGUGGACUUAUCCCGAUGAUUCCUUACUUCGCCAUGUCCGACGUCACCCACGCCCUCUUCGUCUCCAUUGGCAUCACGGCCGUCGUCCUCCUCGUCUUCGGAUACAUCAAGAACUGGGUGACGGUUGGCACAAAGCGGUCUGCGUUCUACGGAGCUUUCCAGACGCUCAUCGUUGGAGCUGCGGCGGCUGGAACCAGUUACGGAAUCGUUCGUGGCCUGGAUAGCGAGCAUCCGGUUUCGACUCAGUGA